CGAGAUCCUACAACAUUAGGUUGGAGGAGACGACGAAUGCAGUCGUGCGGCACGUCUGAAGCUUUUCAAAAGUCGUUACGGUCUGGCUGCGUUGUGCCCUUGUGAGCUCGCGAGUUCAAGUUUGCGAGUGCAUGGCCGGUCUUUCAGCUGAAGUCACCUGAUUGUUUCGCAUUGGCAGCCCGGAUACGGUCCUGGUCGUCGUGUACCAAUUUCCCGUCCAUCAAUUCAUUUAUUCGGCUUGGCCCCCACCCGUACUUAACGACGCCGCAGCUGUAACGCGCUUCCACGUCUUCUGUACUCUACAGGUACAUAACAUGUCUUCCGCCGCCACCUUUUCUUCUUUUACACCCGUAGGCACCGCGACAUCUAAUCCUCCGAGCAAGGAUGAGGUCGAAUCGCCCAGCAUCUCGAGUACGAACGCUCUCGCCCGCUUCGAGUUUGAGGCCGGGCAUGGCAGGGAAGGCACCAAGAUACUCAUGGUAGAAUGGGAGGAUGACAACACAACACGCGGCAUUCGGGGCGAUUGGCACAUUUCAUGGGAAGGCAAGACGACGGUGCUGCCCGCAGACGACCAGCCCAGCAACGAUGUAAACCGUAUCUACUUCCUAUUGCCUCCAGGAGUAGCAGUACCCUCGAGCGUCACAUUACUUCAUCAACCGCAUGGAAGUGACAAGUCUCCAGUGAUAUGGCACACCAACCCGUUGCCUGCCAUCUUUCCUCCUGAGCUCGGUGCUUCCGCCCGUGCUGCGGGGAAGAAGGGCAUUCUACAUACCAUAUGGGCAAAGAAGAGGUUGCAAGUCUUGCAAAAGGAGAUUGAUGCCGAGUCAAAGACGAACGUCGAGGGCAUAGGCUUCCUGAUGGCGGUGCAGGAGAAGGAAUGGAUCGAACAAACGUUCGGUGUCACGGCAAAGCCUGCUGGCCUCAAUCUUUCACUGGCCGAGCCCUCAGUGCCGUCAUUGGGCCCCGCAAGCCCCAGAUCUCCAGGCGGCGGGAGGCUGAUGGAGAAGCUUCGCGGCCUAAAGCUGGGGACGAGCGAAAAGGAUCUUACCUUAAAGUCAGAAUCUGGAGAUUUACCACAGUCGAAUCCCCUCUCGCCCGAAUCGUCGGAUGUGGCGGUUUCGUCAUUCGCUGCUUUCAAAGGCGCGAACCCCUCGGUCCUUGCAGCUAAACCCCCACAGCCUGCCCAGGCUCCCCAGGCGGGCCGGAUAGUCACCGCAGUUCCGCCCCCAUCGCUCGUGGCACAACAGCAGCAGCAGCAACAGCAACCUGGGAUGGCCUCGUUGAAUGCGUUUACUGCCCCAGGACCUGUCUUCCAGUCUCGGGGCCCGUCGUUACCGGCGAACGACGAUGACGAUGACGACAAAGACGAAGGCCUGUUUGCUCUACCGAUUAGCCCGCGCAGUCCUGAGAUGUCAAAAAGCCCUUUCUCCUUCGCAGGUCCUGAAACUACAAAUCUGCUUCAAGGUGAACGUGCCGCCUAAAAAUGUUUUAUGACAAUAAAGAUGAUGGUGAUGCUUGGUUGUAGAUGGAGUUUGGGACAAUCGGUGAACGAGUUGGUUUUUGUUCUGAGCGCUUCCAUUGUUUGAUGAUACCUAGAGUAUAUAGUGUUGAGAGGGUUGCUUCGGUUGACAACCUCUGGUAUAUUGCAGAAAACAGUGCUGCAUGAAGGCUACAGAAAGCUUCCCCCUUGCCCCACGCAAGCUCUUUGCCAAUGAGGAACGAAGUGAACGAAAUAGAUUUUUACCAUACCGCAUGCGGCCACUUGAG